UAUUUCAAUUGCUAAUUUUCAUUGAUCUGUCUGCUUUUCGUGUCUGGCUGUUCCGCUAUAAAAGCGACGAAGAUUUUCGAAUUGAUCAUAAUCCACUUUGUGAUUUACAAUCGAAAACACAUUUCAAAAACAUUCAACUAAAAUGAAAAGUUUCGUUGCUUUAAUUUUGUGCAUUUGUGCUUUAAACCAAGUGAUAGGCGCGAGUGCUCACAAAAUUCCAAGCUCACCAGCUCCAGCAUCUGAAACAACCGAUUCGGAAACUGCUCCGAACUCUUCGGAGGAUGAAAGCAAGGGACAUAAUGAGUGCAAAGGCUUGUGGAAAAAACUCUUGAAGCUUUUGAGUCCAUUGUUAGAGAAGGAUGAAGAUUCAUCAGCUGCUUCAGACUCAUCCUCACCUGCUCCAGACUCAGCAUCGCCUUCUCCAGACUCAGCAUCACCUGCUCCAGACUCAGCAUCCCCUGCUCCAGACUCAGCAUCGCCUGCUCCAGACUCAGCAUCACCAGCUCCAGACUCAGCAUCACCAGCUCCAGACUCAGCAUCGCCUGCUCCAGACUCAGCAUCACCAGCUCCAGACUCAGCAUCACCAGCUCCAGACUCAGCAUCUCCUGCUUCAGACUCAGCCUCUCCUGCUCCAGACUCAGCAUCGCCAGCUCCAGACUCAUCAUCACCCGCUCCAGACUCAUCAUCACCCGCUCCAGACUCAUCAUCACCCGCUCCAGACUCAGCAUCGCCAGCUCCAGAAGCAUAA